CUGUGCUCCUCUGCGGGAGAAAUCCGAGCUUGACAGGCAUUUUAUUGUGUUGUUUUGGCUCAAGAGAAGUAGGCAUGGUGGAGUUUGAACGGGGAGGGGGCACUAGCCUCUGCCUCCGGCUUGUUACAGUCCUACUGGUGGGAUUCAUUGCCAGCAUCAGCAAUGCUGCUUCUGCAAAUGUGGAGGGGGGCCGUACUUUGAGUGAAUAUGAAUACAAGUCUCCCCCUCCACCAUACCAUCACAAGUCUCGUGGUCACCGCCAUCACCACAAGUCACCACCACCAUCACCAUCACCAUCACCAUCACCAUCACCAUCACCAUCGCCAUCACCAUACUAUUACAAGUCCCCACCGCCACCAUCACCCUCUCCUCCACCACCAUACUAUUACAUGUCUCCACCACCACCAUCACCAUCUCCUCCUCCCCCGUACCUCUACAAAUCACCUCCUCCUCCAUCCCCUUCACCACCACCUCCUUAUUACUACAAGUCACCCCCUCCUCCAUCACCAUCUCCCCCUCCACCAUAUGAGUACAAGUCUCCUCCUCCACCAUCUCCAUCACCUCCUCCACCAUAUGUCUACAAGUCACCACCUCCACCAUCCCCCUCUCCUCCUCCCCCAUAUUACUACAAAUCACCUCCUCCUCCAUCCCCCUCACCACCACCACCCUACUACUACAAGUCACCUCCUCCUCCAUCUCCCUCACCUCCACCACCCUACUACUAUAAGUCACCUCCCCCUCCAUCACCAUCCCCACCUCCUCCAUCACCAUACUCUCCUUCUCCCUACUAUUACAAGUCUCCACCUCCACCAUCACCAUCCCCUCCUCCACCAUACUACUACAAGUCCCCUCCUCCCCCAUCACCUUCUCCUCCACCACCAUACUAUUACAAGUCUCCACCACCACCAUCACCCUCUCCCCCUCCCCCUUAUUACUACAAGUCACCUCCUCCUCCAUCCCCUUCACCACCACCUCCUUAUUAUUACAAGUCACCCCCUCCUCCAUCACCAUAUCCCCCUCCACCGUAUUACUACAAGUCACCACCUCCACCAUCCCCCUCUCCUCCACCACCAUACUAUUACAAGUCCCCACCACCACCAUCACCUUCUCCACCUCCCCCUUAUCAGUACAAGUCACCUCCUCCUCCAUCUCCUUCACCUCCACCUCCUUAUUACUACAAGUCACCCCCUCCUCCAUCACCAUCACCCCCUCCACCAUAUGAGUACAAGUCACCUCCCCCUCCAUCACCAUCUCCACCUCCACCGUACUACUACAAGUCUCCUCCACCACCAUCCCCAUCACCUCCUCCACCAUAUUACUACAAGUCACCACCUCCACCAUCCCCCUCUCCUCCUCCCCCAUAUUACUACAAAUCGCCUCCUCCUCCAUCCCCCUCACCACCACCACCUUACUACUACAAGUCGCCUCCCCCUCCAUCACCAUCUCCACCUCCACCAUACUACUACAAGUCUCCUCCCCCACCAUCCCCAUCACCUCCUCCACCAUAUUACUACAAGUCACCACCUCCACCAUCCCCCUCUCCUCCUCCCCCAUAUUACUACAAAUCGCCUCCUCCUCCAUCCCCCUCACCACCACCACCCUACUACUACAAAUCACCUCCCCCUCCAUCACCAUCUCCACCUCCACCAUACUACUACAAGUCUCCACCCCCACCCUCACCAUCUCCUCCUCCUCCUUACUACUACAAGUCUCCACCCCCACCAUCACCAUCUCCUCCUCCACCCUAUUACUACAAAUCUCCACCCCCACCAUCACCAUCUCCCCCUCCUCCCUAUUACUACAAGUCUCCACCCCCUCCCUCGCCAUCUCCUCCUCCUCCUUAUUACUACAAGUCUCCUCCACCACCAUCACCAUCACCUCCACCACCAUACUACUACAAGUCCCCACCUCCACCAUCACCUUCCCCUCCUCCUCCAUACUACUACAAGUCCCCACCUCCUCCAUCACCAUACUCUCCUCCUCCACCAUCACCAUCCCCUCCUCCACCAUACUACUACAAGUCCCCUCCUCCCCCAUCACCCUCUCCACCACCACCAUACUAUUACAAAUCCCCACCACCACCAUCACCCUCUCCUCCUCCCCCUUACUAUUACAAGUCACCUCCUCCUCCAUCCCCUUCACCUCCACCUCCUUAUUACUACAAGUCACCCCCUCCUCCAUCACCAUCUCCCCCUCCACCAUACGAAUACAAGUCUCCUCCUCCACCAUCUCCAUCACCUCCACCACCAUAUUACUACAAGUCACCACCACCACCAUCCCCCUCUCCUCCUCCCCCAUAUUACUACAAAUCUCCUCCUCCACCAUCACCCUCUCCUCCUCCUCCAUACUACUACAAAUCACCUCCUCCUCCAUCCCCUUCACCUCCACCUCCUUAUUACUACAAGUCACCCCCUCCUCCAUCACCAUCUCCUCCUCCACCAUAUUACUACAAGUCUCCUCCUCCACCAUCUCCAUCACCUCCACCACCGUAUGUCUACAAGUCACCACCACCACCAUCUCCCUCACCUCCACCACCGUAUGUCUACAAAUCACCACCACCACCAUCUCCCUCACCUCCACCCCCCUAUUAUUACAAAUCUCCUCCCCCACCAUCACCCUCUCCUCCUCCCCCAUACUACUACAAAUCACCUCCUCCUCCAUCCCCUUCACCUCCACCUCCUUAUUACUACAAAUCACCCCCUCCUCCAUCCCCAUCUCCCCCUCCACCAUACUACUACAAGUCUCCUCCUCCACCAUCUCCUUCACCUCCACCUCCAUACUACUACAAAUCUCCUCCCCCGCCAUCACCUUCACCUCCACCUCCCUACUACUACAAAUCCCCUCCUCCGCCAUCCCCUUCACCCCCACCUCCCUACUAUUACAAGUCUCCUCCCCCACCAUCCCCUUCACCUCCACCACCUCCAUCUCCUUCCCCACCACCUCCAUCUCCUUCCCCGCCACCACCAUACUACUACAGCUCCCCACCUCCUCCAUCUUCUUCUCCUCCUCCACCAUACUAUUACAAAUCUCCACCUCCACCAUUAUAGACUGUUCCCACCAAGGUUGUUGCCUUCCACUAGGUCAUGAAGCAUACAAUACAAUAAAUGCCUGCCCACAUAAAGCAACAAUCUUUGGGACAGUACCACCUCCAUUUUAUUUAUUGUUUGAAAAUGUAGCUGUUGUUACAAUAACACUGUUCAGAAGGUUCAUCAUGCAUGUUACUGCACGUUCAGUGAACUUCACAAGAUCGAUAUUGCUAAUUGUACUCGUUAGUAAUAGGGAUCUUUUUUAUGCUCUCUCCUUGUGAACAUCACUUCUAUUCGGUACUGAGAAGAAUUCAUUAAUCCAUGGCUGCACUAUUGAAUAACAUUGAAUAAAGUGCCAGCUAAAAAAGGCUCAUUGGCCAAUUUAUGUACUUCAAUUCCUAUU